GGAGAGGCGAGGAGGCUCCGUUGUUUCCAGGGGCUCGUCUUCCUUCGCCCGUCUUCCCAGGAAUAUCGUUCUGCCAGCAGUUCGCUCCCAGGGCUGUGCCAGCCGCCUGCGUUACUUCCUCUUUGCCACGUACGAAAAACACAAUCAAACUGGUUCAGAUUCCACAGUGAAUUUAAAAAACACAAACAAACGACUGUGGAAAGUCGUAUGCCGGGCAAAACUGUGCGUAAAACUGCUGUGACUCCGUAAGUGAGCUGACACGGAGACGUGCAAAGAGGCGAACGGGAGCGUCUAGACUCACUUGCUGGAAACAAAGUGUUGACUUUGCCAUUUUCCUGCCCGAAGCGCCUGACUCCUCUUCCCUUGCAAAGCCCUUCCAAACCAUCUGAGUUCUGCAAACAAAUCCAGAAAGCGAAACUGCAGCUCUGCCUGACUUGGUUCUUUCCAGCACCUCCAGCGAGCUGCCCUCUCGGUGAAAGGGAACCUAGUCAGGCGCCAGAACCUGAGAAUCGAAGAGCUUUUGCAGAAGAUCAAGCAGCAGCAGUUCCGGAUGGACAAACAGAAUCUGCAGAUUAAAAGUCUCCAGAGCAAGGUCAACAUGCUCAUCCCGGUGCACCGCAGCGAAAAGGAAGCGCAGAAUCCCAGGUGGAGGGUGACCGUCCAGCGGAGUGCCGAUCGAGCUGCGAACCACAGCCAGAUGGUCAAGCCUGGAGCGCUGGAGGGUUCAAAGCUUCCAGUCGGCUGUCACGACCUCUUCCUUGAGGGGCAGCAGAACAGUGGGGUCUUUGAGAUCCAGCCCCCCGGAGCCCAGGCUUUCAAAGUCUUCUGUGACAUGGAGAACGGAGGCUGGACUGUGAUCCAGCAGCGCUUGGACGGCUCUGUAGAUUUUGACCGGCUGUGGGACGCCUAUAAGGAUGGCUUUGGAAAUCUGACAGGGGAUUUCUGGCUAGGCCUGGAGAAGAUGCACCAGAUCGUGAAGGAGGGGCAGUUCCACCUGCUAAUCGAGCUGCAGGACUGGGAGGGGAACGCCCGGAGCGCCCAGUUUCUCUUUAGGCUGGGCGGGGAGGACACGGCUUACACGCUCAGCCUCCUGGGGCCCAUCCUGGGAGAGCUGGAGAGUGCCAUGGGGGACUUCCCCCAGCUGCCUUUUUCCACAAGGGAUCAGGACCACGACCUGAAGGGAGACACCAACUGUGCCAAGCACCUCUCAGGAGGCUGGUGGUUUAGCUACUGUGGCCACGUCAACCUCAACGGGAAAUACUUCCGCUCCAUCCCGCGCCAGCGGCACCAGAGAAAGCAGGGCAUUUUCUGGAAGACUUGGCGAGGGCGCUACUACCCCUUGCGAUCCGCUGCCAUGAAGAUCCGGCCUGCAGAGCUGAGCCGGGCGCCUUAAGGGCCCCCCAAGAGACUGGGCACCGCCCUUUCUGCCCGCUCCUGCGAGACGCAGCUGGUCUCUGGCUCCUGGAGCCCGGGCAGCGGUCUGGCUUUCGGUCUGAGGGUCCAAGGGAGCCGUCCUUUGUAAGGGGGGGCGAGCCUGGCAAAGGGGGCCAGCGGAAGGGGCCUAGGUGGCAUUGGGGAAGGCUGCUGUGUCGUGAUGUCAUUGGGGGGGGAUUCGGGGAGUGCCACCUGUCAGCCUCCUGGGACUGUCGGAACUUCUUGCUGGGCACGGCGAGUCUGUUUCCUUGGGCUUUAUGCCCCCUCCAAAAGAGAAACAGCUGCAGCCGCCUCCUCCUCCCUCUUCCCCCCCCCCCCCCGUUGGCUGUGCUCAAGAGACAGAGCCACUGAAAAGGCUGUGGGGCUGGAGUGGCUGGCGGGGUGAGGAGGAGGGCAUUCCCCGCAUGAAAGCGACCUUGAUGCAGUGCUGGGGACCCUGGUACAGACCCUCCGGCUGCAGGCGUAAGCCAAGCUGGCCUCUGCAUAUAACGCGCCCCCCGGCCCCGCCCGGCCCGGCUCGGCCCUCUUCCUUCUCGGAUUCUCAUUAGGUCACAUUGACUUAAAACGCUCCUGUCUGGCUGCUUGUCUUGCACGGGACAGCGGUACGGGGGUGUUAAGUGUGUUUCAUCCCGUCUUUUAAAAUUGUCCUGUUGUUUUUAAAACGGAUCAUCGCUGAGUGAUAUUGUUGUGUGACUUUAAAAAUCUGUGCUUUGGAUGCUCGCAGUAAGAGGUGGGAGAUUUUUUUCCCCUCUUAGUUUUUUUUUUAGAUCUUUUUAUACUUAGGUGUGAGACUCUGUGGUCAGUGACAUGUCUUUUUGCCUUUUAUGAAUAAAAAA